GCUUUAGUCACCAACCAUAUCGGAUGUGCGAGGCCGGGUUUGUUCUUCUCUCAAGUUGAAAAGUUGGUGUGUUGUUGGUGGCUUGCCAACGGUAUCGCGCCGAUGAUAUUUCAGUGGCAGAUCACUGGCAUUCAGGGCACGUUAGCCAAGUGACUUGGGACGAGAAAUUUAAUGCCCUUUUUCAUCAUACUUCACCCUCUGGUUCGAUAGAAAAAAAAACAGACAGAGAGAGUGUGGAAGAAGAGGGAAAACUGUUUCGGAAAGACCGCCGAGUAUCAGUGUUGGGAUUUAACGUGGAGGGCAAAAUGUGAUUGUGAAUGGUAGUUUUUAUUUGUGAAGAGCGCUGGAGGAAAAAAUCACACACAAGACUCCCUAUUAAUCAUAAGAGGAUUAUACGGUGGAAAAUUGUGAAAUCCCCGGGUUUGUUUGCUUGGAAAAAAGGCCAUUUGAAUUUCCUUUCUUCCGCUGUGACCACCACUGAAUCGCCUCUCACGUAGUGCAGGAGGAGUUCUAAUUUUGGAUUACCGCACAAACACACACUCACACACGCAUUUCGUAGAAGGAUAAUGGAUAAAUGCUGAAUAAGGCGGUAGAAAAAAAAAAUCAUCGUGUGUUUUUUUGUAUUCUCAAAAGCGGAACAACUAACAUUGGCUCCACGUGAAUAAUAGAAGGAGAGCAGAGUUGGGGGUGAACUUUCCUCAGCUAUGAUAGCAAUCUGGCCAAAGACGUGGGGGUUGAAUGUGCGUGUCUCUUAAUCAUUAUCUCCAAUUUGGGAGGACGGCAGUUGUGUGGCGAUGCUGGUGAAAUUGAAUAUGUGCGCCAAGGGUAUUGGCCGGUGAGCGCCGAUGAUGGACUGUUGAUGGAGUGGUCAGUGAUGAGUGGAGACUCUGGGAAAAAUUGUUGCACCGCCGCAGGUUGAUGAUUUCACUGCAAUUACAGCAUCUCACACGACGAGUUCAAGUGCGUGAUUGUGACGUGAGAAAUGCACCCUCGGGACUCCACGGAGAUGGAUUAAUGUGGAAUGCGGAGUUGUGGAUUGUGUGAUGCAGUAAACAAGAGAGCGCCAAGAGUGGUGGAUUGCAGUGGUGGUUUGUCGCCACUCUGGAGAUGCACUAGAGUUUGCCUGGGAAAUGAUGAUAAAAUUGGUGAUAAUGUGAAGGAGAUGAGGUGGCAUUUUGGGUAAACUCGAAUGUGGCAUUGGAUUAUUUGAUUUGUUGUGUGGAAAGAGUGUUCUGCAGCACAAUGUUAUUAUUGCGGAUUAACAAGGGCCAUUUGGAUGCUUCGCCUGCAGUGUGCAUUUUAUCGUCCAUCCUCCUGGUACCAUUCAUUUGGAUGUCGGCGCUCACGGGUGCCGAGGGCCGUGGUGAGGGUCUCUGUCCCACAGUGUGUGUAUGUAAGUGGAAAGGUGGAAAACAAACUGUCGAAUGUAUCGAUCGUGCCCUGAUUACCAUACCUGAGCAUGUGGAUGGGUCCACGCAGGUGCUGGACAUGUCUGGCAAUAAUCUGCAAAUUCUGCCCCAGGACACAUUCAUCAGGACGGGCCUGCUCAAUUUGCAGAGGAUCUACUUGCGUAGCUGCCGCCUCGGCCAGAUACACGAUCAGGCCUUCCGCGGCCUCACGAAUCUCGUGGAGUUGGACCUGUCGCACAAUCUCCUCACGGCCGUGCCCUCGCUCACGUUCGGCCAGAUUCCGCACCUCUGGAGUCUCACGAUGGCCAAGAACCCCAUCCAGAAGAUCGAGGGGCGCGCCUUCGCCACCGUGCCGAAUCUCGUGAAGCUGGACUUCAGCCACUGCGAUCUCCAGUCGAUCGCUCCACAAGCGUUCGAAGGCGUGGAGCUCAAUGCGCUCAAGCUCAAUGGAAACAAGCUAAGUGAGCUUCGACCGCGCACAGUCGACAGUCUGCUCAGGCUGCGCGGGGUUGAAUUGCACGAUAACCCGUGGGUCUGCGAUUGUCGCCUCAGGGCAGCCAAGAUUUGGCUGACAGACAACAACAUCCCGUAUCCAGUGGCGCCGGUGUGCUCAGGAGGACCCGAGCGAGUGCUGGAUCGCACCUUUGCCGAGCUCACGGUGGACGAUUUCGCUUGCCGACCGGAGAUGCUGCCCGUGAGUCGGUACAUUGAGGCCACCACGGGUGAGAAUGCCACGAUCCACUGUCGCGCUGACGCCGUUCCUCCCGCCCAGAUCAACUGGUACUGGAAUGGGCGACUGCUGGUCAACAAUUCAGCCUUCAGUUCCUACCAGAAGGUGCAUGUGUACGAGAGCGGGCAGUUUGAGAAGGUGUCACGCCUGAUACUCACCAAUGCCCAGGAGACUGACUCCUCGGACUUCUACUGCGUGGCAGAGAAUCGCGCCGGCAAUGCCGAGGCCAAUUUCACUCUGCACGUGUCCAUGCGACAGGCCGGCAUGGUCACGCUGGGCAGUGGCCAAAUUGCUGGCCUCAGCGCGGCCCUGAUUAUACUCAUCCUCUUCAUCCUGCUCAUCAUCCUCUUCCUCCUGGUGCGUCUGCGGCGGGUGCCCUUCGUGGACACCAAGACGCCCAAUAGACUGGACACCGUGAUCACGAGCGUGGGCAAUGGCAGUCAGAGCAACAGCAACAUCAAGGCGUGCACGCAGAACAGCGUCAACGACGCGGCCGCGGGCAGCGAGAGGAGCCUGGCUGCAGAUUUGAAGCACACGAAUCCCGUGCAGAAGCCGCCCAGACUCUCGGACAUCUCGUACUCCACGACUCACUACGACCGCAAUGGGAGUCUGAUAGCCGCGGGAUCGUGCUUUCUGUCACCCACGGCGUCGGCGGACAACAAUCCCGACUUGAUCAAUGACACGAAGCAACUGGAGAGCGGCGAGUUCCCGGCCGGGGAGCCGGGAACGCUGCCGCCGCCUGUGCUGAAUGAAGGGGUGGAAGCCGUGAAGGGUGAGAUGUUCGAGCGUCCCGGAAGCGGGGAGUACAGCCGGAUGGGGUGUGACAGUUUGUACCCCAGCGGCCUGUGGGAAACAUCGGGCGUGCCCCAUGCAGAGGAGCACUUCCUGAGGCGCACCGGUGGCCACCAGUAUGCGUACAGCGACAAAACCCCUAUUAUGGGUGGCAGCAGUCACUCGGUAAAUUUCGAUGACACCGAGCGGGUGGCUUUUCAGGGUGGCAUCUCCAAUGCCGCGAGGAUGGUGAGUGAUCCGGCUGGUGUCAACACAUUGCACGCCGAGUGCACAAAUGCACUCGGCUACCCCCCAGACUAUGGACUACCAAUUGGCGGUGGCAGCAUGGAGCGGAAUCAGCCAAAACCACCGCACGGGAUGCCGACUAAUGCAAAAACAAUUAGAGUGUGGCAGCGAGGCGGCGUGCCCGUCCUGCCGCCCGUCACAGCUGCCCUCAAGAGGGCUCUCACGAGCAACAGAAACUCGCCGGAUGAGGGCUACCAAGAAGGAUGCGGGACGGAUGUGUAGUGGGUGUCGGCUGGCAGUCCUCUGUACGUGCACCAACCACCAAAUGACCACCUCUGCGCACUGACUCCAGUGCGGGAAAAAGUGCUAUGAUAAUUUGCGAUAGAGAGCCCGACAAUGUGAGUAGGGGAGAGGGUGUGAAACACAAUAUUUAUACCAUGACAUUCAAGUAUAUAAACAGAACGAAUACCUUUUUAUUCGACUAGGAUGAGAGACGGAGUGGUCACACUUAAUUAGAUGCUUAAGGAUUGCGAUAGCAUUAACAAUUCAAUAAAGAGAAAAACAUGGGGAGAGACGUUAUGAGGAUUGGGGUGAUUUUUAAUAAUUAAAUGAGAAAUACGAAAAAUGUAUGUAAUAUACUACAUAGAUAAGAAUAAUCGUUAGUGAAAUACACUAUAUAUUUGGUAUCUAAUGA